AUGUUUCUUCUGUUGAUAGGCUGCAAUUUUGUCUCUUUAUUUCCUUUCUUUCCGGGCCCAGUUGAAACGGUGCGUCAAAAUUGGCUGUCCACCAGUGAUGAGGUGAAGCGUCGCCUUCAAGAGCUAGACGCCAUGAUGCAAGGCACCAAACGUGCUCAAGAGAUAGCUCGUGAUUUGGAGCGCUGGAUUGACCGAGCAGAAAGUGACCUGGAUGCUCUGCUUGCCCUAGCCCCCGGAGAUGCAGGCCCAGGCUCCGGGGCGAAAAAUGGCUUGAGGACGGAGCGUGGAUCGGCUGGGGUUACUCCGGCUUCACGAAAGCGACAGUUACAGGUUAGGCUAAAAGACUUUAAUAUAGGGUCAUCAUAUUUCGUUUAA